GGUUUUCUCGGGGUGAUGAGAUCUGCGGCGCGGUGAGAACCCUGAGCUCUGGUUUGGGUGUCCUUUUUUUGGGGUUUUAUUCUUUCUCACGGACACCAAAGGAGAAAGGCGCGAUUUAAAAUAAGAUUUUUAAACACUGGGGGAAAAAAAGCGCGGUCUAUCCCGGAUUGUGUUGUUGUUUUUUUUUUGGGAGAAGAGCUCUGGAUCUAACUGUUGCACUUUGAACACAGACAUGAACUACUGAAACUGCUAUAAAAAGAAAAUCUGUGAAAAGUUUGAGGGAAGAAGCUUCGUCUCAUCCCUCCUCUUCAAAAGAAAGCUUUGAAACCAUGAUGCUGUCGUGGCUGCUAACAUAUUUCACUGCGUUUGUAAUCGGGAUGGUUGCCCCGUUUCCGAUGACCCCUACGGAGCAACCUCCGGAAAUAAGCACCUUCCGGGUUAAGGACACGAGUCUGACGCACUUGACUGUCCACCGCAAGACAGGCGAAGUUUUCGUGGGAGCCGUCAAUCGCAUCUACAAGCUCUCUGAGAACCUGACUGAGAUCCGCUCACACCAGACUGGCCCGAUAGAGGACAAUGCCAUGUGCUACCCACCACCCAGUGUCCGGGCCUGCGCCCACAAGCUGGAGCUUUCCGAUAACAUUAACAAGCUCUUGCUGAUAGACUAUGCUAGCAACCGGCUGGUAGCCUGUGGCACCAUCUGGCAGGGGGUGUGCCAGUUCGUCCGGUUAGGUGACUUGUUUAAGCUGGGUGAGCCUCAUCUUCGCAAGGAGCACUACCUUUCAGGUGCUCGGGAGGCGGAUGGCAUGGCCGGUGUGGUCGUGAGCGACGAUGACGAUGAUCCGAAAAAGAAGAGAAAGAAGGGAGACGGACGUUUGUUUAUCGGCGCCGCAAUCGACGGCAAGUCUGAAUACUUCCCGACAUUGUCCAGCCGCAAACUCGUAGAGGAUGAGGAGAGCGCAAGCAUGUUCAGCUUGGUGUAUCAGGAUGAGUUCGUCUCAUCGCAAAUCAAGAUCCCAUCAGACACUCUGUCCCUCUAUCCUGCCUUUGACAUCUACUACGUCUAUGGCUUUGCCAGUGGGACCUACAUCUACUUUCUCACCCUGCAGCUAGACACACAGCUCACGCAAAUGGACGCUUCCGGCGAAAAGUUCUUCACCUCUAAGAUUGUCCGCAUGUGCUCCAACGACACCGAGUUUUACUCUUACGUCGAGUUCCCGCUUGGCUGCACCAAGGACGGUGUGGAAUACCGUCUGGUCCAGGCCGCAUACAAGCAUCGCCCGGGCAAGGCGCUCGCUCAGGCUCUGGGGCUGUCCGAGGAUGAGGAUGUGCUCUUUGUGGUGUUCUCGCAAGGCCAGAAGAACCGGGCAAACCCGCCCCGGGAAACGGUGCUCUGCCUGUUCACCCUGCAUCAGAUUAACCUGGCCAUGCGUGAGAGGAUCAAGUCUUGCUAUCGUGGCGAGGGAAAGCUGUCUCUGCCUUGGCUGCUCAAUAAAGAACUUGCCUGCAUCAACACGCCAAAGCCGAUCGGCGAUGAUUUUUGCGGCCUGGUCCUGAACCAGCCUCUCGGAGGUCUGCGGGUCAUCGAGGGGACGCCGCUGUACGACGAGCGCAAAGACGGCAUGGCCUCGGUGGCUGCGUACACCUACGGGGACCAUACAGUGGUGUUCGUCGGGACACGUACGGGCUAUCUUAAAAAGAUCCGAGUGGACGGCGUUUCUCCACCUUCCAGCGUCCUGCUGUACGAGACGGUCACAGUGGUGGAGGGAAGCCCGGUCCUUCGCGACAUGGUGUUCAGUCCGGAUUAUCAGUACACCUACUUGCUGAGUGAGAAACAGGUGACCCGACUCCCGGUGGAGAGCUGUUCUCAGUACCGGAGCUGUAAGAGCUGUCUAGGCUCCGGAGAUCCUCACUGUGGCUGGUGUGUCCUUCACAACAAAUGCUCCAGGAAGGAAGCGUGUCAGAAAUGGGAGCUGCCUCAGCACUUCAGCACGGAGCUAAAGCAGUGCGUCGACAUCACCGUCACCCCGGCGAACAUGUCCGUGACCUCGGCCUCCACCCAGCUGAGUGUGAAGGUAGCGCAUGUGCCGAACCUCUCGGCAGGUGUGACGUGUGUGUUUGAGGACCUGAGCGAGAGCCCUGGAGAGGUGCUGCCUAAAGGACAGAUCCUCUGCAUGUCGCCGUCGCUCCGAGACGUCCCGACGCUCACACACGGAUACGGCGAUAAACGAGUGGUCAGGCUGUCACUCAAGUCUAAAGAGACCGGGCUGAAAUUCAUCACCACGGAUUUCGUUUUCUACAACUGCAGCGUCCUGCAAUCGUGUUCCUCCUGUGUAAGCAGCCCUUUCCCCUGCAACUGGUGUAAAUACCGGCACAUCUGCACCAACAACGUGGCCGAGUGCUCCUUCCAGGAGGGCAGAGUCAGCAGCGUCGAGGGUUGCCCCCAGAUCCUGCACAGCAGUGAUAUCCUGGUUCCAGCAGGUGUCGUCCGACCAAUCACGCUGCGAGCACGAAACCUUCCUCAGCCCCAGUCGGGCCAAAAGAACUACGAAUGCGUGUUCAGCAUCCAGGGCAAAAUCCAGCGCGUCCCAGCCGUGCGAUUUAACAGCUCCUGUAUACAGUGCCAGAACACUUCGUACUGGUAUGAAGGUAACGAGAUGGGGGACCUGCCUGUGGAUUUCUCAAUUGUCUGGGACGGAGAUUUUCCCAUCGACAAGCCGUCUGCCCUGAAAGCUCUCCUGUAUAAGUGUGAGGCUCAGAGGGACAGCUGUGGUCUGUGUCUGAAGGCGAACAGCAUGUUCGAGUGCGGCUGGUGUUUGGCAGAUAAGCGCUGUCUCCUGAAGCAGCACUGCCCUUCGGCCGAACAGAACUGGAUGCACCAGGGCCGGCGCAACGUGCGCUGCAGCCAUCCCUACAUUGCCAAGAUCCAGCCCUUGACUGGUCCUAAAGAGGGGGGCACGCGGGUGACGAUCGAGGGCGAGAACCUGGGGCUGCAGGUGAAAGAGAUCACACAUGUGCGUGUGGCCAGCGUGCGCUGCAACCCUGUGGCGCAGGAAUACAUCAGCGCUGAGAGGAUCGUGUGUGACAUGGAGGAGUCUCUCCUGGCGAGUCCCCCGGGCGGUCCCGUGGAGCUGUGUAUCGGAGACUGCAGCACUGAUUAUCGCACUCAGUCGUCACAGUCGUAUGCGUUCGUGACGCCCAGUAUCAGUCGUGUGCAGCCGGAUAAAGGGCCCGUGUCAGGAGGGACCAGGCUGACCGUCUCCGGCCGCCAUCUGGACGCAGGGAGCGCCGUGACGGUGUUCCUGGCUCAGGAGACGUGCACAUUUGUCAGGAGGACGAUGCACGAGAUUGUGUGCGUGACCCCGGGCUCUGCGGUGGGUGCGGGAGCUUCAUCCAUAAAGCUGUUCAUAGAUAAAGCUGAAAUCAACAGUGACCUGCGUUACAUCUACAGCGAAGAUCCCAGCAUCCUCAGCAUCGAACCCAACUGGAGCAUCAUCAACGGCAGCACUUCUCUGACCGUGAUGGGAACACACCUGCUCACCAUCCAGGAGCCCAAAGUCAGGGCCAGAUACGGCGGAGUGGAGACCACGAAUGUGUGCACUGUUGUAAACGACUCCACCAUGACCUGCCUCGCUCCUCCCAUCGUCUACACGAAGCGUCAGGCGCCCGAGACAGGCCUUCAUCCGGACGAGUUCGGCUUCAUCCUGGACCACGUCUCCUCCGUCCUCGUCCUCAACGGAACUCCUUUUACAUACUACCCCAACCCGACCUUCGACCCGCUCGGGAACGCUGGAAUACUCGAGGUCAAGCCUGGAUCUCCAAUAAUCCUCAAGGGUAAAAACCUGAUUCCUCCCGCGCCUGGGAACGCCCGCCUGAAUUACUCCGUGAUGAUUGGAGAGACCCCGUGUCUGUUAACCGUCUCAGAGUCUCAGCUGCUCUGCGAUUCGCCAGACCUCACCGGAGAGCAGCGCGUUUUGAUAUUGGUUGGCGGGUUGGAGUACUCCCCUGGCACUCUCCACAUCUACUCGGACAGCACGCUGACACUUCCCGCCAUAAUCGGCAUCGGGGCAGGAGGAGGCGUCCUCCUCAUAGCCAUCAUCGCUGUCCUCAUCGCGUACAAGAGGAAGACGAGGGACGCGGAUCGCACACUCAAACGCCUGCAGCUCCAGAUGGACAACCUGGAAUCCCGGGUAGCGUUGGAGUGCAAGGAAGCUUUCGCCGAACUGCAAACGGACAUUCAAGAACUGACCAAUGACAUGGAUGGCGUGAAGAUCCCGUUUCUGGAGUACCGUACCUACACCAUGAGGGUGAUGUUCCCUGGCAUCGAGGAGCACCCAGUUCUAAAGGAGCUUGAUUCUCCAGCUAACGUGGAGAAGGCUUUGCGUCUCUUCAGCCAGCUGCUCCACAACAAGAUGUUCCUCUUGAUGUUCAUCCACACCCUGGAGGCCCAGAGGUCUUUCUCCAUGCGCGACCGGGGCAACGUGGCGUCACUUCUCAUGGCGGCGCUGCAGGGUAGGAUGGAGUACGCCACCGUGGUGCUCAAGCAGCUUCUGGCCGACCUCAUCGAGAAGAACCUGGAGAACCGUAACCAUCCAAAGCUGCUUCUGCGAAGAACGGAAUCCGUAGCCGAGAAAAUGCUCACCAACUGGUUCACGUUCCUUCUGCAUCGCUUCCUCAAGGAAUGUGCAGGAGAGCCUCUCUUCAUGCUGUACUGCGCCAUUAAGCAGCAGAUGGAGAAAGGGCCGAUCGACGCCAUCACCGGAGAGGCGCGCUACUCGCUCAGCGAGGACAAGCUCAUCCGACAGCAGAUCGACUACAAGCAGCUGACGCUGAUGUGUAUCCCUCCGGAGGGAGACGCCGGUACGGAGGUCCCGGUGAAGGUGCUGAACUGUGACACAGUAACUCAGGUGAAAGAUAAGCUCCUGGACGCGGUGUAUAAAGGGAUCCCGUACUCGCAGAGACCACAAGCUGAUGACAUGGACCUCGAAUGGAGACAGGGCCGACUCACCAGAAUCAUCCUCCAAGACGAAGACGUCACCACCAAGAUCGAGAGCGACUGGAAGCGACUCAACACGCUGGCGCAUUACCAGGUGACAGAUGGCUCAGUGGUGGCUCUGGUUCAGAAGCAAGUGUCUGCGUACAACAUCGCCAACUCAUUCACAUUUACGCGCUCGCUCAGUCGAUACGAGAGCUUGCUCAGGACUUCGAGUAGUCCGGACAGCCUGCGCUCUCGAGCACCGAUGAUCACCCCCGACCAGGAGACCGGCACCAAACUGUGGCACCUGGUGAAAAACCAUGAACACGCGGACCAGCGUGAAGGAGACCGCAGCAGCAAGAUGGUGUCCGAGAUUUACCUCACACGCCUUCUGGCAACAAAGGGCACGCUGCAGAAGUUUGUGGAUGAUUUGUUCGAGACGGUGUUCAGUACGGCUCACCGCGGCAGCGCCCUCCCUCUGGCCAUCAAGUACAUGUUCGACUUUCUGGAUGAGCAGGCGGACAAGAGACAGAUCAGUGACCCAGAUGUGCGUCACACCUGGAAGAGCAACUGCUUGCCUUUACGGUUCUGGGUGAACGUGAUCAAGAAUCCACAGUUUGUCUUUGACAUCCAUAAGAGCAGCAUUACGGAUGCGUGUUUGUCAGUGGUGGCCCAGACCUUCAUGGAUUCGUGCUCAACGUCAGAACACCGUCUAGGAAAAGACUCGCCGUCUAAUAAGCUGCUUUACGCUAAAGACAUCCCCAAUUACAAGAGCUGGGUGGAGAGGUACUACAGAGACAUUAGCAAGAUGCCGAGCAUCAGCGAUCAAGACAUGGACGCCUAUCUGGUGGAGCAGUCCCGUCUCCAUGGCAGCGAGUUCAACACACUGAGCGCGCUCAAUGAGCUCUAUUUUUACAUCAACAAGUACAAAGAGGAGAUCUUGACGGCACUGGACAGAGACGGGUACUGCCGCAAACACAAACUGAGACACAAACUGGAACAAGCCAUUAACCUGAUGUCUGGCAGCAGCUGAUGGAGCAGGAGGAGAGGAAAACAAGAGGAGGAAAGAAGAAGAGGAGGGAGGGAAUGGAUGAAGAGGGAAGGGGGUUGGCUGGAAGGCUCUGAGGAACUGACCGACACUGAAACGUCCAUAACUUCGUGAUGGGAAGAGGAGAGACUAAACACACUGGACAAUCAACACUCAAGCAAACACAGCACAUGGACGUCCAAUAUUUCACUGUUUCCCCUGGACCAGAACCUGCACAGCCGAACUCCGCCACUGUCCUCUCCGUAUUCUCUCUCUAUCUCUUGUCCCACUAUCUGUUCGUCACGAGAGUCAAUUCACAAUUUUUCCUCGAUUCUCCCUUUUGGGUUCUGUCUUUCUGUUUCUCCCUCUUUAUAUCUCUCUUUCUCUCUCUCUCUCUCUCUCUCUCUCUCUCUCUUUGUCUCAUGCAAAGGCAAACUGCCAAAAAAAAAAAAGAAAAGCAAAGAAAAAAAAACUUUUGGAAUCGGACAACUGUGGAUCACUAAGAUACAUUCCAAUGGGAAAAGGCGACACGUGCCAUUGCUGUGGAAGACACACUGAAUUGUAAAGCCAGUGCCAUGAAGAGGGAAUUAAGAAGCUGAAAGCAAAACGAUGCAAUUUGAAACAGUGACAUUUGUAAGCUCGGAGAGAGGCCCAACGAGGUCCGAGGGAACAUAAAAAUUCAGUGACAGCCCUCCGUUCUUAAAAUGUGAGAAAAGUGGGCAUGGAAUACAGGAAUCCAAUUCACGUCUCAAACAAAAAAGAUAGAAAAUAUCGCCAUGGACCGACAAAAAGCGCCUUUUCCGUCAUUCUUUUCCUCGUCUCUCGGGACCCUGGGGCCAAACGGACCUGAGCAGUGCGAAUCAGCGUCCCUCAGAGCUUGCCUUUCUGUAACGUCCGGACUUAUCCCCGAACCCCGACUCAAGCGUGGCCUCGAGCUGGCCAUUUCUGCCCUAAUGGGGUUUCUUCUCUUGAUAUUGUAACCCCAGACCCCUUUUCUGCCUACCCCACCCAAACCACCCACCCCCACCCAAUCCUUGUUUCCUUCACAUUCUUUUUGUAUUAUACCACUGUGUUACUGUGAGGGUUAGAGAGAUUUAACUCAGAUCUGUGAUCCUUCCCUGAAGGGAACGGGUUCCGAGUGUUGUACUUUGAUAACAGGCAUCCUGACGUAAUAGAUCCGUCCGUCCAAGAGCAAUAAGUCGAGUUUAAAACGGAAGCCAUGAGCCGAAAUUUCAGCGUCCUAUUCCGAACCACGAAAUUCCCAUUGUGCGAGAACCUUUUAGCUUUUCCGUUAUGUUACCGUUUUUUGAAAAUCGAAGGUAUAUAUUGUGUAAGCGUACACCAAGCACAACAAGGCAAAACUGUCACACUGAUGAUCUUUGAUUCGUCAUAUCUGUUUUUGGAUUUGGAAAAGCGUUAAAGGUUCAGCUAUAGAUCACUUCGAGUCUUGGAUAUUAGUCCUCGCUGGUUUUUGUUGUUGUUGUUGGUUUU